GAAUUUGGUAACAUUUCUGCCGAUAAUGCAGUUAACAUUUUGUGUAAUUGCACAGAUCCGCCAUCAUAAAAAUAAGCGUACACCAUACUAUUUUUUGCCUGUAUCGGUACAAGUUGUGUUUAAUUAUCAGCAUUUUUCUGCAGAAGAUUCGUCGCAAUAUUUUUGCAAAUUAAACAUUAGUAUGAUAUAAUAACAUUGAAGAUAUAACGAUUAAUCUGUGUGAACUAUUUGUGGAAUCAAUUUAAUAUAAUUUUGAUUAUAUUGUAUAUGAAAAAAAUCUUUUUUUGAAUCUUUGGACAUCAACAUAUUGCAAAUACGCCAGGAUUUUAUUUCUAGUUGAAUACUAAACUUUUAAUUUUAUGGAUUUAAAUAAUUAAUAAAAAUUUUUAAAAAAAACCCAAGCAAAACAAGAUGAGUGUUAUUAUUCGUUUACAGAAUUUGCCAUGGUCGGCAAAUGCUUUGGAUAUUCGACAGUUCUUCAAAGGUCUCUCAAUACCCGAAGGAGGUGUGCAUAUUGUCGGUGGUGAAAUGGGCGAUGCCUUUAUUGCAUUCAGUACUGAUGAAGACGCACGACAGGCUAUGAUGCGUGAUCGAGAAAAAAUAAAUGAAGUACAGGUACGCCUUUUAUUGUCAUCUCGUGCUGAAAUGCAAAAGGUGAUUGAAACAGCACGUCAGCAGUCGAUACUUGCUCUUCAAAAUAAUUCAAAUGCAAAACCAAAAGUUACAGCAACUGUGACAGCUCCAACAUUACCUCAACCACCUAUUAUAACUACCAGCGGUUUACAAAAUAUUUUAGCAACUCCAUUAGGUGCACCAGCUUCUUUUCUAACAUAUCAGCAGCAAGCAGGCAUUAUAUCAGAAGAAAAGCCUAUCGUUACGAAAACAUCCAAAAUUACCAGCUCUGAAGAGAAUAAAGUGCGUAGUGGUAGUGAUCGACGCCGUUCAAAUUCAAGAGAACGUCGCCGAUCAAGAUCUCGUUCGAGAGAUAGAAGUGAUCAUUCUAAACGCAGAAGAGAGCGAAGUCGUUCACGUGAUCGUGAUCGUGAGCGUGACCGUGAUCGCGAUUGGAAGAACAGUCGACGCUCAUCCAGGCGAUCCAGAAGCGUUGAGCGCAGUCGGGACCGCAGUCGUGAUAGAAGUCGCGAUCGAAGCCGUGAAAAAAGUCAUGAUAGAAGUCAUGGCAGUAUGACUAGGAGUAAUCGUAACAGCAAAGAUAGCAUUACUAGUAAUCGUAACAAAGAUAAUAAUAAUGAGAAUAAUAAUUCAAAAACUGCUACAUUUUCACCAUGGAGUAUUGCUUCACCGGUGCCAUUUGGAAUUAAAAAUCAAAAUCCAAAUACAACUAUUCCCGGUCUUGAUAAUAACUUUCCAAAAAAUUUGCAAACAGCUAAUCCAAAUUAUACUAGUGGCACUCCAAUAAAUCCAUAUACUAUGAUGCCACCAAACAUUAUUGUCCCUAAUACUAUUUCCAAUAACCCCAUUAAAUCAAAUACAUUCACUCAACAGCCAUUAAAUUCAACUGGAAGCAUGUCAAAUCCACCAAUUAUACCAGCUUAUCAAAGCUUCAGUAGCAAUGUUAACACUACGAACAAUUAUAGUCUUACAGUACUUCCAGGAUCAGUUCAAAGCAAUAACGAUCACAUGAAAUCUUUUUCAGCCCAAUCAGUGGUUACUUCACCUUUGAAUUCAAGUGAAAGUGCUGAUUCGAAAAUGAAAGUAGCAGAUAAUCAAAAAUUGGAUAACAAAAUGAAUGCAGUGAUUCCGGGUAUUUUUCUAGAUAAAAAACCAGACGGAACACAAUUACAAAAUAAUAUGAACCCAUCUAACUUUCAACAAGAAUCGAUUACUUUUGCUAACACAAAUCCCUACGCCCAAAUUUAUCCAAGUCUAUUUGCAAAAGCAGAUCCAAUACAAACUAUUCAACCAACAAAACCAGCUGUAAAUAUAGAAGAGGCAUCUCCACGAUAUAAUGAACGUAAUGAAAAGAAACCAGAAAAUAUUUGCAUUAAAAUCAGCAACUUGUGUAGUACCGCUUCUUACAGUGAUAUCAGAAAAUUUUUCGCAGGAUUAUUCAUUCCGCAUAAUGGUAUAAAAAUGUUAAAUGAUAAGCAAGGAAACCGUACAGGCGUUGCUUAUAUACAGUUUGGUCGAGUGUCACAUAUACAGAAGGUUAUGAGUCGACAUAACUUAAUGUUGAAGUCAAAACCCGUGAACAUUGAAAAAUCAACAGAGGAAGAAUUUGAUAAAGCAGAAGAAGGCCCCCGACAAAAUCGAUUUGAACGUAAUAGCAAUAACGAUCAGGUAUGGCGAGAUGAAAACAAGUUUCAUGAAACAAACAAACCUAAUCCAUUCAGAAAUAAAACCAUAAUGGACACAUUUAAUGUGCUCUAUGUAGAAGACAUACCCCAAUUUGCUACCGAACAAGAUAUCAUGAAAAUGUUUACAUCAUAUUCUAUUUUUGAUAUAUUUUUGACGUCUAGUCCAGAAAAUCGGCGUGAAUAUAUUGCUUUUGUCAAAUUCUCACGCACUGAAGAUGCAAAAGCAGCUUUGGAAGAUAAAAUGCAGCAUAUGAUUGGUCACAGAAAAGUACGAAUAAGUCCAGGCAGUGAAGAAGAUAUGGAAAAGGCCAAAGAAAAGUUACGUCUAGCAAACGAACAGUUACAAAAAGAGGAAGAAGCACUUGCUGAAGAAGAAGCUAAAAAGUUUCAAGAUAUGGAUAAUGAAUGUGAGACCAAAAAUGAUUAUAUGAAAAAUGAAAAUGAAGUCAGAGAAGCUGAUGUAGAAAUGAGUACAAAUAUUAAAGAGAAGAGAAGAGAAAGCAGAUUCAAUGACAAUAAUCAUAAUAAUCAAAACAAUAAUGAUGUUGUAAGACCCAACAUUCCAAGCAUUUUUGAAAUGAAUGUAAAUCAACCAAAUACAUUAGAUGCGAAAAACGAUACUCGACAACGCCGGCAACGUCCAAGUCGCUUCAGCAAUAACAAUAAUGCAACAAAUAACUAUGAUAGUAACGACCGAAAUACACCCAAUAUGAUGCAGAAUCAAAAUUUCAAUCCGAAUGUUCACAACUUCAAUAACAACGAUGGACCAAAUUUUAAUGGCCCAAAUUUCAAUAAUGGUCCAAAUUUCAAUAAUGGCCCAAAUCAAAUGAAUCCUGUUGAAAAUGUUUUUAUUAUAAUUAAAAAUUGUGACUACAAAGCACAAAUUAAUGACAUUGCUCAAAUGCUGCUAUCUAUUAAACUCCGUCUCAAACAUAUAGAACCCUUAUUCAAUGAACGCAACUUACCAAGUGGAGAAUUUAUUGUAGAAUUCCACGAUCCCCGAGAUGUGGAAGCAUCAAUAAAACAAUUUAACAAUUCGAAAUUUCGUUCAAGGUCCCUACGCAUUUAUACAAUAACUCCCCAAGAAAUAGCUGAUCGCCUAAACAAGCCAUUCAUGAAUUAUUUCCCUGGUGGCGGUGGCGGUGCCGGUCGAGGUGGUAAUUCUAUGCAAGAUUUCGCUAACAGAGGACGUGGAAAUAAUAAUAAUUCAAUAGGCAAUAUGGGAAAUAAUAAUGGAAUGGGUAAUAUGGGUAACAAUAAUGGAAUGGGUAAUAUGGGUAAUAAUAAUGGAAUGAGUAAUAUGGGAAAUAAUAAUGAUAUGAUGUCGAACAUGAGUAAUAACAAUAAUAAUAAUGGUAUGUACGGAAAUAAUAGAAACAUGCAGAUGGGUGAUGGCAGCGGUUUUAACGAUAACAAUGAUUCAAUGCGAAAUAACCGUGGAAAUAUGGGUCGUGGUGGCAAUAUGGGUAAUAACAGAAAUCAAUAUAACGAUGAUGGUAAUGAUAAUAGCAAUAGUAACGACAAUUUUAACAACAAAAAUAACAACAGAGGAAACAAUAAUAAACUUAUUGAUGGCAUACCCGAUCAAUUUAAUCGUUCCGGUUGUGUUGUUUCUAUGGAAAAUGUACCAUUCAAAGCAGACUUAAAAGAUAUUUUAAAAUUUUUCGAAGGUUAUGAACUAUCGCCAAAUGAUAUUAUAAGACGAUUUAAUGAUGAUGGCUUGCCAACUGGUGAUGCACGUGUAGUCUUUGAAACACCUGAUAUCGCGAGAUCUGCUUACGAAUCCAAACGGCGAAAAAAUAUUUUCGGCCGCACAAUCUACUUAAAUAUUUUGUAAAACAUUUGUAGUGUUAAAUAUGUAUUAUAUAUAACUAACUACUUAUCAUAUUGCAUUAAUUAUCAUACAUUAUUAUAUAACUGCACAAAGUAUUUAAGUAAGAAUUCACUUUCAAAUGGGAGUUGAAAAUUAUAGAAUUAAGUCGCAAAGAAAGGAGUUGACAUAAAUAUUGAACUUGUUUAUCUAUUCUUAAGUUAUUUAUAAGUUAUCUAUUCCUAAUGAAGUUGAAAGGACAAACUGUCGCAUUUUUACAAAGUCACUUUAGGAAAAGUGUCAUGUCAAAAAUAUGCGUUUGCUAUUCUUUCAGUCUAAGUGUUUUUGGAAAAAUAUUCCAAAAAAAACGCUUAUAAGUUUUGAUUAUUUGAUUUAUGAAAA